UUUUCGAAAACACAGAAUUAUAACCCUGUGCGGACAUAUAUUUAAUUACAAGCAUCUUCCGUCUAUCAUUCCUUAAUUUAUCGCAUCACUUUAUUUUGUUUUAUUUUAUGUUUUUUUUUUCGUAGUGACAAAACUUGGCGCCUCACAACACGCACUCACAAAACCAUCAACAAAGCAUUAACACCACUUUGUCUCACACGUCCAACGCUCACCUCGCAAUUACCUUUCGCUAAUGCUUUGAUCUCAUAAAAAACAAAUAAACUUAGAAAUGCAAUAAGUUUCAUUCACGUCGCUGCCUCCUACACAAAAUAAUGCUACAUACACAUGUAUGUACGCACAUAUUUGAUUUUUCUUGUCCUCCCUUCGCUUGCGCUCACAUUAAAAUCGCUCAGAAAUUGUUCUAAAAUAAAAGUGCGUCCGCUAUUAAAAGAAUUUUGGCUGACAUUCUGACAUUCCUUGCUGCUCAGCGAUUCUCCCACGCGUACGCCUUAAGGCAGACAAUAUCGCACGCCCAAAAGGCAUAUGUACAUAUGUACAUACAAAGGUACGUCAUCAUGUUGACUCUCAAAAUAUUUAUUCUUAGAAAGGAAGAAAUGACAUUCAUCGUUGCGGUCGCCGAGUAACGAUCGGCUGCGUACAUACAAACAUACAUACACGUAUGUACAUCCUCUGUUGAUCCGUGGGCAUGGGCUGUCACCAUGCUCGCGCCACCCAUUCACCACAGUCGCAUUUUGUACGCCCAUUGACAAGCAACGGGAUUCGACGUACGCGUACGCGUUCAAGCAAUUACUACGCGAACGAGUAGUUUUACGCUUCGUGUAACAAAUAGUGCUCAAAUAUUAAAAAAAUAAUAAUAUUUCGAAAUAUUUUCCAUUAAUAAAUUUUGAAAAUUUUACGCUUUCAAAAUUUUUGUGAAAAAAAUGUAAUUUUUCCAAAGAAGUAGAGAUAAUUUUCCAUAUUUGCGGUUAUGUGAGUCAUAUGAAUUUUUCGCCAACGUGUGUUUACUCUCCUCCCCAUAACCGCGAAGCAGUGUGUGUUUCCAGUUUUGACGCCUCGCGCUCAGCACGAACCGCUGGCGUCAACUUCACGCCGCCAACAACGCAUAUUGGCGCAGAACAUUUUGUCUACAAAACAAUUCUCACAGUGUACGCGCUAUAAAUUUACAAGAUGCAUAUGCAAUAAUUCGCCUGUUAAUAUGAUUUUCCAACGAAUUAAUUAAUGGUGCACGUGUUAUUUGCACUCAUUAUUUGCAAAAACUUCACCUUCAAUUAACCUCCCGAUUUUUUGGUUGAAUCUUUGGCGCUUUGCUGCUGCUUAACGCCAACUGCUGCUGUUUCAAUUACUACUUGGAUUUCUGUUUUUGUUUCUUCAUUUCGAUAUUGAAAUUGUAUUUUUUUCGCAUUCUUUGCUUCUCACCACACACACCCACAGCCACACACGCAUCCUAAGUGUGGUGAAUAUCGUCGUAUAUGUUUAUAUAAAAAUUGGUAUAAUGCAAAUUUCGGAAAAUUUGCUGAGAGUAAUUUUCAUGCUGUCAACAAUCGUCGCGGUGACUGAUUGUUGUUCAAGCCGAUUAUUACUGCUCAAGGAACACACACUGCAAAUCGUACAACAACAUCGUCUGCAUAAUGCACACAUCGAUGAUUACGACUACGAGCACGAAGACUAUGAGCACUUGCAACAGCAACAACAUGAACAACAACAUUUGGAACAGCAGCAUCAACUACAACAACAAAAGAUGCCACAAUAUGUGGAUAUAGUCAGUAGCGGAAUUGAAUUUCUAAAGAACUUAACAAACGAAUACGCACGUUUCCGAGACGAGAAGCCUGAGCAGGAAGAGAACACCACGGAGACGCAAUUGAUCGGUGGCACUAUGGAUUUGGAAGAUUUUGGUGGUGAUUCUUUUCAAAGUUUGUUGGGUAUAUUCGAUGCAGCUGCUUUUGAGACAACAACAGCAAGAACAACAACAACAACAACAACAACAAGGACGACGGCGACGAGUGUAGCAACUGGAACAACAACAGUGACCGACAGUACCAGCACCAGCACCAGCACCGGUCAAACAAGUAUUAGUACAACAACAACAACAACUAGAUUCUUUCAAGAAAGCUCCAAGCCGGCGAGUGUAACAAGUACGACACAAAGCGCGAGUACAGAAAGCAUGGAGCCGAGAUCAACUCAUAGUACAACAACGACCACUACAGUGCCCACAAUUGACAAGGAUGGCAUGAAUGAUUUGAAAAUUGUACCCGAUCUCUUGUCCUUGCCUUGUAGCGGGCAAUUUAAUACCGAAUUCUGUUUGAAUCGUGGUCGCUGCUUUCGCUACCCCAUCGGCAAUGAUACGAUACAUUCGUGCGUAUGCGCCGACGGUUACAUUGGCGAGCGCUGUGAAUCGAAGAGUAUGAAUGGCUCAUUCAUACCAUCCAUAGGCGGCGCCGGUAAAAAACAAAAAAUACUUAUGGCGCGUAUUGUAUUCUCCUUCCCCAUGUUAUUGGCGCUCUCUGUUAUUUACAUAAUGAUCGGUGCGGCAAUUGUAUUUAAACGUCCCACAACGCCACCAACCGCACUCACAACCAAAGAUCCAUUCGAGCUGUUGGCCGACGAUGAUGCUGGUGAGCUGAUUGUCAUGAAUUCCUUUUCGAUCGCCGAGCCAGUAAUUUCAUACUCAACCUUAACGGACUAGUGCAAUUACCAGUUGCGUAAAGAUGUAUUUCAUUUAUUUGUAAAUAUUAUUAUAGACAAUAUUUUAAAUGCAACAUUGUAGUGUUUUUUUUUUUGAAGCCAAGAGCUUUGCUUUCUAGCCGCGCUUUCAAGUCACGCUUAUAACAUACAUAUGUACAAGAUAUAUACAACAUACUUAGUUAUAUGUAAAUGUAAAUAUUUAUUAACAAUUACAAUAUUUUAGUUUAAUUUUUGUUGUAAUUAAUUUAUAAUCGCUUCAACUUUCUGCUCGUAAGAAAGUUAUUCACUUUUUUUUUUUUUGCUUACAACUUUUUAUUUUCAUUAUUACUUCAAGGUGAGCUUUAAAGCUUACCGUACAUACAUAUACAUAGUAGUAUGUUAGUGCUUUUAUUAGCUUUAAUUUGUUAUAAUUUCAGGGAAAGCGCGCAUUCCCAUUUAAUUUAUUAUUUUUUACCAAAUUUGGUAUAAAAAGAUAAUUGUAUAAUUUAUUAUAUUUUGUUAUUUACUCUAGGCCUAAUUCUCUCUUUUCGCUGAAGCUUCAGUCGAUAUUUAUUUACGUAGUAUUUUCAUUAUAAAAUUUUUCAAAUAUUUAUACAUACAUAUGUAUUUAAUUACUAAUCGAUACUUUUUCACAUAUUUCGCUGCUCUUUGCAGCUUUUGUAUGUAAAUACCCAUUUAAAUUAUCUAAAAUUAAUCAUAAUCCGGAUUAUUUGCAUUCGCAAUGCACUCGUAAUUUGUUGUACAAAUAUAUGUACUUGUUUUAUAAAAA